UAAGAGCUUUGCCAUUCUUCUUCAUGUCCUGCUUCCUCUCUCCUUCCUUGAAAUGAAAAAACAGCCUAGUAGAGAAACAAGGAGAGGAAGAAUUUGGAUGUGAAAAUGGCAGAUGGAGCUGUAAACUUUUUACUUGAUAAAUUAACUACGAUUCUACAGCAAAAAGCAUCAUUACUGAGAGAUGUUCAUGAAAAAAUUGAAGAAAUCAAGCACGAGUUAGAGAGCAUGAGAUCAUUCCUAAGAGAUGCAGAACGGAGAAAAGAAAGGAGCGCGUCAGUUGAAGCAUGGGUAAAACAAGUAAGAGAAGUUGCAUAUGAAGCUGAGGAUAUAAUAGAUGAGUUCUUGCACCACAUACAUAAAGAGCGGCUUAACAACAGAUUCAAAGGAGCAGUCCAAGAUUUGGUCAACUUCCCCAGGACCAUUACUGCAAGGCAUCAAAUUUCUUCAAAGCUACAAAAGAUCAAAGCUAAGGUUCAUGAGGUUUCUGAGAGAAGCAAGCGAUAUGGAUUUGAUCAGCUUGAUGAGGGAAGGACUGGAAAUGUAUUUGGAGAUCCGUGGCAACACUAUGGAGAAUCAUCAUCUUUUGUAGAUGAAGAUGAACAAUUACUUGGAUGGUUAACAGAGGAGGAACCCCGUCGGACUGUUAUUUCAAUUGUGGGAAUGGGUGGCCUAGGUAAGACCACUUUAGUCACAAGGGUCUAUAACAAUCAAAUAAUCAAGAGAAUGUUUGACUGUUGGGCAUGGAUAUCUGUGUCACAAACAUAUGGAAUCGAAGAUCUAUUGAGAAGCAUGAUCAAAGAAAUAUUUGAUAAAACACAAGUGCCAAUACCAAAUAAUCUGGGUUCAAUUUAUUAUAGGCAACUUCUGCAGAUGCUCAUUGAUCAUUUACAUCAAAAGAGAUACGUUAUUGUCUUAGAUGAUGUUUGGAGCAUAGAUCUUUGGAGCAAAAUACGAGGAGCCUUUCCUAAUAAUAAAUGUGGAAGCAGAAUUAUACUCACAACAAGGAAUGAGAAUGUGGCUUCCUCCAUUGGAAUUGGAAGCCGUGUCCAUCGCCUUCAGCCUUUGCAAGAGAGAGAUGCUUGGGUCCUUUUCUGCAGAAAAGCAUUCUGGAAUGAUCCAGAGCAUAAGUGCCCAGAAGAGCUUCAACCUUUAGCGGAAGCCAUUCUAAAGAAAUGUGAAGGCUUACCACUAGCAAUAGCGGCAGUUGGAGGUCUCGUGUGUUCAAGAAGCAAGAGGAUUGUGGAAUGGAAGAAUGUAUAUGAGAGUCUCAAUUGGCAACUCAAUAACAAUCCCAUGCUUGAACAAGUGAAAGGAAUCUUGUUGUUGAGUUUCAAUGAUUUACCAUUCUACUUGAAGCAUUGUUUCUUAUAUUGCUGUGUUUUCCGUGAAGGUUACUCAAUUAAGAGGAAGAAGCUAAUUCGGCUAUGGGUAGCGGAAGGAUUCAUCAGAGAAAGAAAAGGGAUGACAAUGGAGGAGAUAGCAGAAGAGCACCUCAUGGAACUUAUUCUUCGAAACAUGAUUCAGGUCACAGAAACUAAUGAAGCUGGGAGGUCAAAGACAUGUCGAGUGCAUGAUGUUAUGCGAGAACUGGCUUUGACAACAUCUGAAAAGGAAAAUUUUUGUACAACAUAUGAUGGGUAUCAAUCGAGUCUAGAAGGAAAAAUCCAUCGUCUAUCAAUUUAUAAUACAGGUGAAAGCAUUCAGUUGAGCAGUACAAUAUCACGCCAACUUCGCUCUUUCUUUGUAUUCCCAACAGAUAUGGGCUCAUCAUUCUCUCUAAAUUCUGUUUUAUCAAAAUUCAAAUUACUGCGGGUGCUAAAUCUAGAGGGAGUUCCUGUUCAAACCAUACCAACCACAUUGGUAGAUUUGUUCAAUUUAAGGUGUUUGAACUUGAGGGACACCAAAAUUAAGGAGCUUCCCAAGUCAAUGGAAAAAUUAAGUAAUCUACAGGUACUGGAUGUGUGGAGAACCAAUUUGGAGAGGUUGCCAAGUGGAAUAUCAAAACUAUCUAAAUUGCGGCAUCUAAUGUGCAGCAAUCAUGAUCAAAAUUCUGAGACAAUUAAUGUUAAUGGGUUGCAGGCUCCAGCUGGAAUAUGGAACAUUCGAAGCUUACAAACAUUAGCAUGUGUUGAUGCAGAGAAAGAGUUGCUCCAACAAGUUGGAAACCUGACUGAUCUUAAAAGAUUAGAAAUUACAAAGUUGAGAGCUAUUGAUGGACCUAACCUAUGCACUUCGAUUCAAAGGAUGACAGACCUAGUCCGCUUAGGUUUGGUGGCAACUGACAUAGAAGAACAACUUCAAUUAGAAGCACUAAAUUCGCCCCCAUUGUUUCUUCAAAAACUAAAACUGGUUGGGAAACUGAAUAAGUUGCCUCCCUGGCUUCCGUCCUUAGCUAGCCUAACACACCUACAUUUGUGUUUUUCUUGUUUAGAAGAGGACAUACUUUCUUCUCUCCAUGUACUUUCCAAUUUAGUUUCCCUUGAACUCAAAAGGGCUUAUGAUGGGAAAUUAUUGCACUUUAAGUCUGGAUGGUUUCCCAGACUUAAUAAACUGGUGCUUCUACAGCUUGCAAGAUUGGACAGCAUGAUGCUAGAGGAGGGCUCACUGCCAAGCAUCCAGGAGUUGUAUCUAGUUCGUUGUGAGGAGCUAAAGGUGUUGCCUCAUGGCAUUGAGCACCUUACUAGUCUCAAGAUGUUACAUUUGGAGGAAAUGACAGAAGAAUUUUUACAGAUGUUAGACAUCAAUGCCACUGAAUAUCAAGAAAAGAUACAGCAUAUACCUGUGAUCAACUUGCUCGUGUAACUGGGAAACCAAGUGGUUGAAACACUUUGAGGUUCUCCAAUUAUUUGAUUCUUUCUGUAACACCGUCUCCUAUUAAAACAAAACCUUCUUACGAUAGUUGAUAUUUGUAUAAUAUUACACAAGCCAA